AUGCGCCAAGCUAUGCGCAUUCCGCCUCUCUCGCGGCCAGCAAUGCGCUCAGCGGAUUUCUCACCGCUGGGCGCAUUGCGCCUCUCUCGCGGCCAGCAAUGCGCUCAGCGGAUUGCUCACCGCUGGGCGCAUUGCGCCUCUCUCGCGGCCAGCAAUGCGCUCAGCGGAUUGCUCACCGCUGGGCGCAUUGCGCCUCUCUCGCGGCCAGCAAUGCGCUCAGCGGAUUGCUCACCGCUGGGCGCAUUGCGCCUCUCUCGUGGCCAGCAAUGCGCUCAGCGGAUUGCUCACCGCUGGGCGCAUUGUGCCUCUCUCGCGGCCAGCAAUGCGCUCAGCGGAUCGCUCACCGCUGGGCGCAUUGCGCCUCUCUCGCGGCCAGCAAUGCGCUCAGCGGAUCGCUCACCGCUGGGCGCAUUGUGCCUCUCUCGCGGCCAGCAAUGCGCUCAGCGGAUUGCUCACCGCUGGGCGCAUUGCGCCUCUCUCGCGGCCAGCAAUGCGCUCAGCGGAUUGCUCACCGCUGGGCGCAUAGCUCCUCUCCGCGCAGCGCCUGGCGGUGCUGUUCAUGUGCAUACUGAGCCACGUGCGGCGGAGCAACCCCAACUUCAACAGGAACCUGGUGGAGUCGCUCUACUGCAACUAGUUUCCAGGCACCCUCCCUCUGUCUGCGGGGACGACUACUUCGCCCCACAGCCAUUCCGCUUUGAGCCAUACGACCUACUCACCAACAUCGUCAAGGUGCGCCCACUCCCUCACUUCACUUUACUUGAACUGCCCUGCCCUUGA